CUGUAUUCUCCUCAGCUUCGUUGCCUUCUCAAGACCUUUUAGUAGCUAUUGCUAAAAGGAUUUUUGUCAACAGAGUCACUUGGCUGUUCUUAUUAUUCAGUGGUUCAAUGUGACACGAUGGCGUCCGGACCCUGUUGACACGGAUGGUAAAGGUGUGGCUUUUUCAAAAUGAGAUCUCCGAUUCCAAGUCUCACACAAAUGAUUCCAAAUGCCAUUGAUCAAUUGCAUAGGCAGAUCUUCUGCUGUACAUGAAACAGACAAAUCAUCUCCUUAAUCAAAUACCAGGAAAACGAUGCAAACUGCAGGAUUAGAUAAAAGGAGCGUAUUUUGGAAUUUCUUGCUGUUUAUAGCUGGCAGUUGCUGCAUGUACAUUUUUUGCUUGAAUUCAGGAACCUGGGAAUGCAAGCAGGAACAUUUUCAAGCAAUCAGCGGCUAUGAGAUAAGGACAUUUUUGCGCCCUUUGGAAAGGAAUCAAGAUCAUUUGGUGAAAUUUGAUCAAACGGUAUUGAGCGGUCUUAAGGACAAAUCAUGUUCAAAAUGCUUUUCGCCUCCACACGAUCCGGCAACGCCAGAGCAAAAGAAAGCGAGUCUGACAAGAUACGAAAGACGGAGGAUUGAUCUACCAGACAUGAAAAACCAAGUCGAUGGCUUAUCACCAAUAAGUUACCCAGCACACGGAGUUUACGUCAGGCCGAUGCGUUCUGUUUGGCUCAAAGGGAUUCGAGUGGAGCUAUUCAAUAGCAGUGAUGUUCACAGCAACAAGCAAAUGGAGUUUCAGAUAAAUGCUACCAGAGGAAUAUUCCAACUGGCUGGGCGUGUACGAUGGGUAAGCGUCAACGGAAUUGGUGCCAACACACUAAAAAUCUCGACACGGAGUCCAUCCCUGCUAAAUCUCCAGCUAAAGUACAUCGUGUAUAGAAAUACAGAGUUUGACGCCAACAUCGUUGACUUCGCUAAAAUUCGUUUUUCGGAGACAACUGUGACCAUGCCAAUACAUAUUCAACAUGUACAACUGCCCUGGCUGUUUAUCGAAGGAAAAGGCCAGAUUCAGGAUAGAGUGACUGUUGCUGUCAAGACAUUUCUUCGUUAUAGUAGACUUCGAAAUGCAAUUAAAGCUGUUGAUCAACUGUACCCUGGGACAAGAAUAGUUGUUGCUGAUGAUACACCCGACCACCUAUUCACUAGUUUCCAAAGUAGCAACGUGGACCACUUUAGGAUGCCAGCAUAUACGGGUUAUUUUGCUGGCCGAAACCUUGGAUUAUCCCAAGUAUCGACGGAAUACUUUUUCUACCAAGAUGAUGAUAUGAUGAUCACAGAAGAAACAAAGCUAGACAUGCUCGUAUCAUUUCUGGAUAAUACCAAUUUUCACCUUGUGAGCGUAGCUGUUGCACGUAACUUAUUUGCUACGACCUUUGAUAUUUUUGGAAACAAGUCCCGAACCUGCAUUGACCAAAAGACAGACCCUGGAUAUUACAUGGCAAUCAAAAACUUUCCUGGGUUCUAUGCAAAUGAUGUCGGACUGAAUGCAUUUCUUGCGUCUACCAAUGAAGUGAAAGCUGUCGGAUUUGACCCACAUCCCGCGUUGGCACGAUUGGGACACGGAGAGUUUUUCCUAUCCGCUCUUGGAAGGCUCCGGAUAGCCGCUUGUGAAAUUUGCUCAAUUCGCCACAUGAAGGGAGGAUUCGAUGCUGGAAACUACACCUUGUACCGUCGUGUUAGUAAGAAAAAUACACUGGAAAGGAAUAUAUACAACCAAUACAUGCAUAACGUUGACUGCUUUAGGAAACAAUGGACAAGAAGUGGGGAGACGAACCGAAAUAUUAAAAAAGUAAAUAAAAACAAGAAAAAAAUAAAAAUAAAGAAUAAGGAAUAAAAGUGGAAUUAUAAUAGAAAAAAUUUCUAAUAAAGUCGAUUCGAACAUACCGAGUGGGUGUUUCUCUCCUUGGGAUUAAAAGCAUUAAUAUAUAUAUGAGAUGAG